GAAUAUGAAAAUGCUGCCAAAGACGAAAACUGCAAUCCCGAUGUCUGGGUCAACUUGGCCUGCACCUAUUUUCUUCUAGGGAUGUAUAAACAAGCAGAAGUAGCUGGGUUUAAAGCUCCAAAAAGCCGACUUCAAAACCGCCUUCUUUUCCACUUGGCUCACAAGUUUAAUGAUGAGAAGAAGCUAAUGAAUUUCCAUGAGAAUCUUCAGGAUAUCACAGAAGAUCAACUCAGUUUGGCCUCAAUCCACUAUAUGCGAGCACACUAUCAAGAAGCCAUUGAUAUUUAUAAGCGGAUCCUGCUAGAUAACAGGGAAUAUAUUGCUCUCAAUGUUUAUGUGGCUCUAUGUUACUACAAACUUGAUUACUAUGAUGUGUCUCAAGAAGUUCUGGCUGUUUACCUUCAGCAAAUUCCUGAUAGUACCAUCGCACUCAAUCUUAAGGCCUGUAAUCAUUUUCGCCUUUACAACGGCAAGGAGGCUGAGGCAGAUCUCAAGAGUUUGAUGGACAGUACUUCCGCUUCCUUCGAGUUUGCUAAAGAGCUCAUCAGGCACAAUCUGGUGGUUUUCCGAGGAGGCAAAGGGGCUUUACAGGUUUUACCUCCCCUGGUUGAUGUCAUUCCUGAAGCUCGGCUCAACUUAGUCAUUUACUACCUUCGUCAAGAUGAUGUACAAGAAGCAUAUAACUUAAUCAAGGAUCUGGAACCUACUACUCCCCAGGAGUACAUCCUCAAAGGAGUGGUCAAUGCAGCUCUUGGCCAGGAAAUGGGUUCGAGGGACCAUAUGAAAAUCGCACAGCAGUUCUUCCAGCUUGUGGGAGGCUCAGCCAGUGAAUGCGACACAAUACCAGGGAGGCAGUGCAUGGCCUCAUGUUUCUUCCUGCUGAAGCAGUUUGAUGAUGUGUUGAUUUACCUCAACUCAUUUAAGAGUUACUUCUGCAAUGAUGACAUCUUCAACUUUAAUUAUGCUCAAGCCAAAGCUGCAACAGGCAACACAAGGGAGGGUGAAGAAGUUUUCCUCUUAAUCCAAAAUGAGAAGAUGAAAAAUGAUUACAUUUACCUCAGUUGGUUAGCUCGGUGCUACAUUUUGAAUAAGAAACCAAGACUAGCCUGGGAACUUUAUCUCAAGAUGGAAACCUCUGGAGAGUCCUUUAGCCUCUUACAGCUCAUUGCCAAUGACUGCUACAAGAUGGGACAAUUUUACUACUCAGCCAAGGCAUUUGAUGUCCUGGAGAGGCUGGAUCCCAACCCUGAAUAUUGGGAAGGCAAGAGGGGUGCCUGUGUAGGCAUUUUCCAGAUGAUCUUAGCUGGAAGAGAACCCAAAGAGACUCUGCGAGAAGUACUCCACUUACUGAGAAGCACAGGCCACACCCAGGUGGAGUACAUCAUCCGGAUCAUGAAGAAAUGGGCCAAAGAAAACCGUGUGCCUGUCUAA